AUGUCAACCACUUUGCUCAGCCGGACGUCAGGGAAACUUCAACGGCAGCCCAUAGAGAUAGCCGCGAGCUGCCAACGUAAAGGUCAUCGCAUAUUUGUCACCAACCAAGUCACAAAGCGCCGGUGUCUCGUCGCCUGUUGCUCCGACAUCUGUUGCUUUCCCCGAACCUUCCUGCGUGACGAGCGUCCUUGCACGUCCUUUGAGCUCAGCGUGGCGAACCAUUCGACCAUCGAGACCUACGGCUCGCUCCGCCUUAACAUCAACUUCCAAAACCUGUGUCGAGAUGUUCCAUGGAAUUUCGUCAUCGCCGACGUCACAGAGCCGAUCAUCAGAUCCGGCUUUUUGGCAUACUACAAUAUUCUACCUGACUGCCGAUAUGACCGAAUUAUCGACUCUACAACAGGCCUCACCCCAUCGGGCCAACGUGCGACCACCCAACAGCCUAACGUCGAUAUCCACUACAUCAGCGGAAAGGAAAACGUGGUCACUGACGCACUCUCUCGCAUCGCGGCUGUCGAGCUACCAACCGUUACCACCGACGCCCUCGCCGAAGCUCAGAAAACGAACACCGAAUUCCAGCAGCUUUUGGAGAAGGGCUCUUCUUUUCAAUUGCAAAAAGUUACCAUCCCUGGGUCCACGGAAGCUGUCUACUGUGACAUAUCAACAGGACGAAGGAGACCAUACGUCUCUUCUUUGCAUCGCCAAAGCCUCUUCAACCAGUUACACGGCCUCAGUCAUCCCGACAUCCAAGCUUCUACACGCUUCGUGACUGACCGGUACGCGUGGGCCUCAGUGCAAAGGGACUGCCGCGCCUGGGCACGCACAUGCAUUCAAUGCCAGCGCGCCAAAAUCACCCGGCACGUCACGUCGCCACUCGGAGAAUUCCCCCUCCCAACGGAACGGUUCCAGCACGUCUGCAUUGACAUCAUUGGCUCCCUUACGCCAGCCAGCCCUUACCGCUAUUGCCUCACUGCCAUCAAUCGUUACACUCGUUGGCUUGAGGUGUGGCCGCUCGAAAAGAUCACCGCAGAAGACGUCGCAUCAGCCUUCUUCUCUGGCUUGGUUUCACGCUUCGACACUCCUCGUCAUGUCACAUUCAAUCAAGGAAGGCAAUUCGAAACUCAACUCUUCAGGCUCCUCGGGCUCUCCACCAGGUUCGAGCGAUCACGGACAACUAGCUACCACCCUUGCGCCAACGAGAUGAUUGAAUGGUUUCACCGGCAGUUCAAGGCAGCCAUCAUGUGCUACCCUCACUCAACCUGGCUCGAAGCUCUCCCCGCCGUCGCUCUUGGUGUGCGCGCAACUUUCAAGGCAGACAUUCAAGCCUCGCCAGCGGAAUUCAUCCACGGAGAGCCGCUUUGCCUCCCUGGAGAACUCCUCUCCACUCCGACCUCUGAUGUAACCAUCUCAGACCCUGCAGGCUUCGCCACUCGACUCCGUCGCACAAUGAGCGUGCUGCGCCCCUCACCGGCGGCUCACCACAUCAAGCCGACCCCAUUCGUGUUUAAGGACCUAGCAACAUGCUCGCAUGCCUUCCUCUACGACGACACCGUACGUGCACCUUUCCAGCCGCCUUAUUCCGGAUCUUACAAAGUAAUCCAUCGUGACGACAAAACAUUCACCCUGCAAAUCAGUGCAACGGAUGUACGCGUUUCCGUCGACCACUUCAAGCCAUCAUACAUCAUUUCCCAUUAG